AUAAGUUAACAAAAGUUUAAAGGUGCUAUGAGAGUUUGAACCAGAAAACUUUUCCUUUAUCAUUUUUCUCACUUGCUUCAGAUAAAGCAGAGUGAAUUCUGGUGUUUUUUCCAUCUUUCUGUUACACUUCCCUCUUUUCUUCAUCCUCCUUCACCUGCUUCUUGCUCCUCUCUUCUUAUCCUUCUACAACACUUUAUUUUUCUGCAUAUUCUCAUCCUUAUUCUGCAGAAUUUUCAUUACCAUAGAUUUGAUUCAUUCUCUAAAACAGCCACAUGUAUGGUCACUGGCAUCACUUUUGUUGUUGGUGUUAUAAUUCAGGUCACUGACAAUGAUUGAAACAUAUCAUCCCAUUUUUCCUAUUGAUCUUUUAGAAAAAAAUUAGCUAUGAUCUCAACAAGCUCUUGGAUUCUCCUGUGAUAUAUAUAUAGAAGAGAUAUGCACUAUUCAUUCUUCCAAUUCAAAACCUUAUCAUAAAGUUUGAUCAAGAGAGGUAGCAUAUCCAUCACAAUCAAGCACUUUCAGAAGCAGAACAUGAAUAACAUGAGCAACUUGAGUUCUUUCAGCAGCUCUGGUCUCAUAGAUUCCAGGCUUGAAGAGCAUCAAUUGUGUAGAUCUAAACAGUGCCCUAGUUGUGGACACAAGUUUGAAGGGAAGCCGGAUUGGCUUGGUCUACCAGCAGGAGUUAAGUUUGAUCCAACAGACCAAGAACUCAUGGAACAUCUUGAAGCCAAGGGAAAGGAUAUGAAAUCACACCCUUUGAUUGAUGAGUUCAUUCUCACUAUUGAAGGAGAAGAUGGGAUUUGUUACACCCAUCCUGAAAAAAUUCCAGGAGUAUCAAGAGAUGGGUUGAGUAGACACUUCUUCCACAGACCAUCAAAGGCAUACACAACAGGUACAAGAAAAAGGAGAAAGAUUCAAACUGAAUGUGAUCACUUGCAACAAGGAGGAGAAACCCGUUGGCACAAAACUGGGAAAACAAGACCAGUGAUUGUGAAUGGAAAACAAAAAGGGUGCAAGAAAAUUCUAGUCCUGUAUACCAAUUUUGGGAAGAACAGAAAACCAGAAAAGACAAACUGGGUGAUGCACCAGUACCAUCUGGGACAGAAUGAAGAAGAGAAAGAAGGGGAACUUGUGGUGUCAAAGAUAUUUUAUCAGACACAGCCAAGGCAGUGUAAUUGGUCUGAGAAAAGUGCAGCAACAACAACAACAACAACAAAUGGUGAAGGAAGUGGAGACCCUAACUACAGUGGAAGUGGUAGUUGCUCUUCUAAGGAAGUGGUUACUCAAAGAGAUGAGAUGUCUGCUGCUGUUGUUGGGGUUACUCCAAUGACAAGCUUCACCACUGCUUUGGAUAUUCAGCACCUAAAAUCUGACCAUUUAAGCUUCUUCCCAUUCAGAAAAAGCUUGCAUGAGGUUGGAAUAGGAGAAGCUUCGAGGACAUCAAGAGAAGUUCAAGCAUCAGGCUCAUGCGAGGAAGAAGUACAUGAACAACGGCAUGUAGCACAUCAUGAUCAUCAUCAACAACAACAACAACAACAGAUUGCAACGACAUCGUUCCACAUGAUCAGUAGGCCUUCGCAUCCCAUCUCCACAAUCAUCUCUCCACCACCUCUCAACCACACAUCCAUCAAUAUCCUAGACGACAAUUCUUACCAAGUCUCCACAACAACAAUGAUGCUCCAAAAUGAUAAUUUUCAGCAACAUGAUGAUAAACUAGGAGGAAGGUCUGCGUCUGGUUUGGAGGAACUCAUUAUGGGGUGCACUUCAACUCUUACCAAACAGUCACAGGAGUCAUCCAUGGCAAACCCACAAGAAGCUGAGUGGUUGAAGUACUCUUCUUACUGGCCACACCCUGACCAUCAUUGAUGCUUGAAGCUUCAAUUAAGUCUCUUUCCAACAAAAGGCCAAGUAAAUCAUCCACGUGCAUGGUUUUGCUCUUUUUCUUUCUUUCUUUUCCAAUGGCAAUAUUGGGGACCUUAAGCUUUGCAACGAAACUAGUUGUUAGAAACAAAAAGAUCAAAAGGAACGAAAAGAAACACAUGCAACUCUCUCUAAAGACCUGAAGCACAUUCAUAUCCUGGUGCUAGCUGCAUGAAAAUCAUCACUAAUGUGAUUACAUUAUCAUCCCAUCUUAUUAUUUUUUUAUUUCGACAUGUUUGUAUAAUUCUCACUUUUCCUCUUUUUUACACCACAAAUAUAUUAUAUAUAUGUAUACCAAUGAGUUUGUAAUUGUAUAGAUGAAAUUUUUACAUCAAACCUACUAAGAUCAUGAUUUGACAAUAUUGUACCAAACGGUGAUGUUUUGGUAUUUUUAUAAAUGAA